GCGCGGAAAGUUUACUGCAGAUGACUGCGGCAUGACCCAGAUGUGAUAUCAAACGAUCGAUAUGGCUAGUGAUCAUGAGUCGAGGUUGCAGGAGCGUGUUAGUGAGCUUGAAGGAGAACUUUCUGUUUUGAAAGAAGAAAUGAGACGAUUGAUGCACAUCUCUGCUAGUAAAAUUGUUGCUGAUACAAAUGUAGCACACGUCACGCCUAACCAAGACUGCCAUUUAAAAGAGCUUCAUAAACAGCAUAUUGAACGCUAUAGCAGACAACUUCUUUUGCCAGAGUUUGGAGUUGAAGGUCAACUCCACCUUGCAAAUUCAUCUGUCCUUAUUGUGGGAGCUGGUGGUUUGGGCUGUCCUGCAGCUCUCUAUCUGGCAGCAGCUGGCAUUGGCAGACUAGGGAUUGUUGAUUAUGAUCAGGUGGAGUUGAGCAAUUUGCAUCGACAGGUUCUUCAUUCUGAAGCUGGUGUGGGUGUGAGUAAGGCGUUGUCUGCUAAAGCAUCAGUACACAGACUAAACUCCAACAUCCGCUGUGAAACUCAUUGUAUCCUGUUAAACAGUACAAAUGCGUUGGAUAUUGUUAACAGAUAUGACGUUGUAGUUGAUGCUACAGACAACGUGGCAACAAGAUAUUUGUUGAAUGAUGCCUGUGUGUUAUCAGGCAAACCACUCGUCUCAGGUGGAGCACUGAGAUUCGAGGGACAGUUGACGACGUAUCACUACCAAGGUGGUCCAUGCUACCGUUGUCUUUACCCUGAACCGCCACUUCCUGACACUGUCACUAACUGUUCUGAUGGUGGAGUGAUAGGAGCUGUUCCUGGUGUAAUUGGCUGUCUUCAGGCACUUGAAGUUAUCAAUAUGAUUAGUCGAGGGCAAGCUUCAUAUUCACAACGUCUGUUAAUGUUUGAUGGAGAGACUGGUUCAUUUCAAACCAUUAGAUUGCGAUUUCGGCAGCCACAUUGUGCAGUGUGCGGAGAAAAACCAACAAUCACCAAACUUGUAGAUUAUGUGCAGUUCUGUGGCACCAGCCCCACAGACAAGGCAGAGAGCAUUCAUCUUCUUGGAGACGAAAAUAGAAUUUCUUGUUAUGAGUACAGUAAGAUCAAAGAAAUGGGCAUACCACAUAUUCUGCUGGAUGUUCGUGAAACUGUUCAGUACAACAUGUGCAGACUACCAGAAUCUUAUCAUAUGCCUCUUGAUGAUCUGAUGAAAAUGACUUCAGACCAAAUCCAGGAUGUUCUCAAAGCUGCUAAAGAUAAAGCUGGACUCACACAGGAUACGUUGCCACCUAUCUACGCAGUCUGCCGACGAGGGAAUGAUUCUCAACGUGCGAUAGACUUCAUGCUGAACUGCCUGCCAGAAAAAUCAAGACCAGACAUGUUUGAUCUUCGAGAUGGACUGCAAGCAUGGAGCAACGAAGUUGAUCCUGACUUUCCUGUUUACUAG